ACAGAUAGUCAGAUAUUCAGAAGGAGAGCCAUCAUAAAUCUUAACAGUGCUGAGAAGACUUAGGAGAAGGCUGGUUUAGGUUACCUUUGGGAGUGAAACAGGUUAGAACUGGACUGUAGUAGAAUGGAAAAGCAUCCUGAGGAAUGGUGGAUCCGAGUUUGAGAUUUCCAGUGACCAAAGUAAGUCCAUAACCAAAGUCCACUUCCACUGAGCGAACGGAGACCUGUCGUCAACAUGUCUGGUCCAGUCAGCAUGGAGCUGUCUCCCCCUCCCUCAGGUCUAGAAGCAGAGUGUGAGACACUUUUCACCACAGACUCCCUUCUCUUCCUCCAUGAGCUGAUCUCCACAUUUGAUGAGAUGGUGGAUCAGGUCCUGCGGUUGCGAGUGUCCAGAAAGGCCCACUUGGACCUUUCAGGUGACAUGCCAAGCUUUCUGGAAAGUACCACGCAUAUCAGGAGAGACCCAGCCUGGAGGGUGCUGCCCGUCCCCGCGAGGCUCCAGAGAAGACACGUGGAUGUUGGGGACCUUGCUCCCUGCGAUACCCGGCGCUUCAUCGAAGCUCUCCAGUCACCAGCACAAGGCAUACAGGUCGACUUUGAUGAUGGGAACUGCCCUACGUAUCACAACCAGAUCAAAGGCAUUCAUAAUGUUUUUAAGGCGGUUCACAACCAUUUCCCCACUGUUCCACACAUAUCUCGGGCUCCAGUGCUGAUGCUUCGGCCUCGCGCCUGGAACAUGGUGGAGCACAACAUGACGGUGGAGGGGAGGGAAGCUCCUGGCCCCCUCUUUGACUUUGGACUCCUCAUGUUUCACUGUGGAAAGACUCUGUUUGAAAACAACAGUGGACCCUUUUUCUACCUCUCAAAAGUGGAGAGCUUCAUGGAGGCCAGACUAUGGAACAAGAUAUUUGUCUGGACACAACAGAAGCUGGGCCUUCCACAGGGCAGCAUCAAGGUGACAGUGCUAAUUGAAAAUGUAUUAGCAGCGUUUGAGAUGGAGGAGAUUCUCUACGAGCUGCGAGACCAUUCAGCCGGACUCAACUGUGGCAUCUGGGAUUAUUCAGCCUCCUUCAUCAAUAAGUUUGGUCACCGACAGGCCUUCCUACUUCCCGACCGUAGUAAAUAUGUCAACAUGGAGAAGCGUUUUCUGCGCAGCUACAUGGACCUGUUGGUUCAGACGUGUCACCGGAGGGGAGCGCUGGCCACAGGAGGCAUGGCUGCCCUGCUGCUGCCUCAGGACCCGCUCAGUGACUCCCACAGGAGAGUGCUGGCUACUGUCACCAGACUGAAGCUACUCGAGAUCAAAGCAGGUGUGGACGGUUUCAUGGUUUAUGACCUGAACUUGAUUGAGCCCAUGCAGAAACUCUUCAAGCUCCACACUGAAGGUGACAACCAGCUUCACCGGCUUCAAACUGAUGUCACGGUGACUCCUGAGGACCUACUGUCCAUGCCUUUGGGAGGAGUCACCCUUUAUGGUUUGAAGUAUAACAUUGCAGUUGGUGUCCUCUUUAUUAAUGCUUGGCUCUCAGGUAAAGGCCACUUUUUCUACAGAGGCCAGGUCGAAGAUUCAGCCACAGCAGAGAUUUCCAGAUCACAGGUGUGGCAGUGGAUCCGUCAUCGGACUCAGCUGGAGGAUGACGGCAGGGUGGUGAGCAGGCGGCUGGUGAAGGACCUCGCCAACGAGGCCACGAUGGAGUUCAGCGCUCUCUGUCGCUCUGUUAGCACGGACAGGUCUUGUGUUGCACCUUUGCUUGCUGUAUGAGCUACCAAACAAACGCAGGAAGAGGAGAGGGAGAAGGGCCGGAGUGCAGGUGAAGCUGAGCGAAGCCUUGGUUUGGUGUAUGCUGUUGCUCCGCGGAACAACUUCCCCUUGUCCAGUCUCUGCUUCCGACCGGUCUCUCCCUACACUCUCUGGGCUUACUUUCCCCGGUGACUCGUAAAAAAACUGGGUGGCAGAUAAUUUCCUGCAGCUCAGUGCUGACAAAACAGAACUUCUGGUUACUGCUCCACCCAGUCUUGUCUCUAAGGUCAUGAAGGUCUCGGCUCUCUUUCCUCCUCUCUUAAAUCCUCCACGAAAUGUAGGUGUCACCAUGGAUCAGGCUCUGACUCUGGACCAACAUGUCAAGUGUUUGAGUCGCUCCUGUUUUUUCCAGCUGGGAAACCUUACUGAGAGUAUCCUAACCCUCAAACCGAGAUGGAAAUGAUAAUUUUAUCCCGUCCCGAUCGUUUGACCAGGUCCUCCAAAAGGUCUCAUGUGACACAGAUCUUGAUUUCUCUUCACUGGCUCCCCAUCAAAAUCUGAACCCAGGCAUGGCUGCAGCCUUGUAUCAGCAGCAGGUCUCUAAGGUCCCCUGAUCAGAGUUUGUUGGUUGGUCCUCGAUCUAGGCUUAAAACUAAAGGAGACUGUGGCUCCUAAACUUUGGAACUCUCACCCUUUGGACCUUCAAUCUGUUGAUGGGUCAGUGACAAAUAAGGGCUGGGAAGAUGAGCAGUUCAAAAAUCUUUGAAAAACUUGUUUUAAAAGCAUGCAUCAGGUUUGUUAAAAUGUACGUUGUAUUUCUGUUGGCUUCAUGACAUUUGCACCAUAUUUUACAAAUGCGCCUGAAAAUGAGAAAUAUUAAGUAUUCUAUCCACCUAGUGUAUGUAGUAAGUGUGAUCAUAAAAAUAAUGACUUCUUUUUAAAAUUUCUCAUCAAAAUAGAUUUUAUUAGGAUUAUCUCUAAAUUUGAAUUUGUAUGCGUUUUUGCAAUAUUGUGCGGGACAUAUGUUGAAAACACCUGUUUUCUAAAUAAUCUUUGACACAUUAUGUAAAAAAUAAAAUAAAAAACAUAUUAUACUGAAAUGGAGGAUAACAUUUUAUUCUCAUCAUUUAUCCUGAAUAUGAUCAUAUUUUUAUGAAAAAUACUGGUUACAUAAUUGUUGCUUCUUCAAAGGCCAUUGUUUGUGGAAGAAAAUCAAGCACAGGUCAAGUGGACUUGGUGUUUUAUUUUGUUUCAAUGUAGAAAAACCAUCUGACAACAGGAACCUCUCCGUCUUUUGGCAAAGUAAUUGGCCCUUGACGAUUAAGGAAGCACCUCUUUCUUUCAAUUAUAAAAAAAUAACAAAAUUAUACAAUUAUGUUGAAACAGAUUUCUGACUGUAAAAAGGGAUGACUUGACUGUGAUUUCAAUCUUUCUUUAAAGAUGAUUUUCUGAUUUGUUGACAAAUACAUAAAGAACAUAGCGAGAUAUAACAAAAGCACAAAUAAUCACAGACAUCACUUGAUAGAUUUGAAGUUGAAAGUUUAAAAUUGAGCAGUGGGAUGAGACAUUCAAGUUUUAAAAUCCUCUAAUUCGUUCCAUUUACAUUUGCAAAGUAGUGGAAGGCCGUCUGUAGUUCAGCAUUUACCAGAGGGCCUGAGAUCGGCUCUGGUGAGCAGUGGUGUUAAAUUAAUCAGGCAGCUUCACCAGGAGACCGUUAUACGAUAGAAUGCAGCUCUUCUUGUUGCUGCUGAGGACCAGUCUCAUAUAGUGAUGAGGACCAUAUGUAUCUGCUGUAAUGAAACACAAAGCACAAUGAUAAACUGCAUCAAGUUGUUUUAAAGUAAAGCGAGCAGCAUGAGAAUAAAGUAUCUCCAUAAUCAAGCACAGACAUGAUGAUUGUCUGUACAUUCAUUUCCCUGUCCUCAAGACACAAACACGCUUUAUUCCGAUAUAAGAGCCCCAUUUUUAGCUUUAGUUCCUGUGACUUGCUGUUUAAAAGUGAGACUGGACAAUUUCAGUACCAUUAAAUGUAGGAAGGUGAGGGAGAUGCAAAGUGGAAUUCAGAUUUCUUGAGAAUAAAACACAUUUUGUCUUGUCAGCAUUCAGUACGAGUUUGAGAUUAUGUUGAGAUGUGCGAAGAACGUUAAAGGCACAUUGAAAUCUUGAUAUAGUUUGAGUUAGAGUAACCAAAUGCAUACAAGACUGUGUCAUCUGCAUAAAAAUGAGUAUAAUAAGUCAUUAUAGAGCCUUAAAAUGUCAAUAAAGCUCUCACAGCACAGCUGCCGGAAUUAACUUGUAUUUCUGUUUAUUUUGUCUGACGAUGUCAUGGUCAGAAAAAAACGAUUUUAUCUACAGUUCAGCAGCUUGAUGGAGACUGGAGGUCAACAUGCUAUUUAUUAACUGCAAUAAAAUUCCCUACUCGUCACAUAAUCUGACAACAGUAACAGAAAAAUAUGUAAAUGAGAACAAGUAAACUGUGAAUUUGGCCGAUUAAAACACAGUGACGGGGAUCACAGCGAGCAGGAGGUCCAACAGUCUCCUACCCCCUCUCUCACUUCUCUCCUCUCUCUCUAAAUACAAACACAGAUGGAAACAGGUUCAGGUCUUGUGUCUCUCUU